AUGUCAUUUUUAACUUUGUUCAAUACAUCAAAAAUUAAAGGAACAAAUGGACUUUAUAAUUUAGGUAAUACAUGUUAUAUGAAUGCUGUAAUACAAUGCAUUGCACAUACCAAACAAUUUUUAGAAUAUUCAUUACAAUAUCAAUUAAAAGUUUAUAUAAAUGAAAAUAACACAAAAUGUUCAUUAAUAGAAAAUGUUACCGAAUCUUUAAUAAAAACAAUUCAAACAUUAUACACUCGUAAAGAAUCAAUUUAUCCUCAAUAUUUUUUUACUACAUUUGGUAUUUAUAACCAACAAUUUUCUGAUAAAAAACAAAAAGAUGCUGCAGAAUUUUUGUUAUUAUUACUUGAUGUUAUGGACAAUGAUCUUCGAGGUACAAGUAUUAUUCAACCACCACCUAUAAUACAUAAUGAAGUUUAUUAUAAAGAUUAUAUUGAAUAUAUUAAAAAUAAUAAAUCAAUUAUUACUCAAAUGACAACUGGAAUAGUUGUAAGUAAUUUUUGUUGUGAAAUUUGUGGAAUAUCUUCAACUCAUUCUGAACCAUUUUCAUUGUUACAAUUACCAAUUAUUAAAAAUCUUUCAUUUUUUAAAAAAGUUAACUUUAAAAAUUAUUCUGAAUUAAAAGAAUUAAAAUAUAUAACAAUUUAUGAUUGUUUAAUUGGUUAUUUAUACUCUUUUCAAACAUGUGUUAAUUGUAAUCAUACACAAAUUCAUAAUAAAGAAUUCGUUGUAACACCUCCAAUUCUUAUUAUUCAAAUUCUUCGAUUUGAACAACAUUCAAAUAACACACAAAAAGAUCAAACUACAAUUCUUUUCCCUUUAAAUGAUUUUGUUAUUGGAGUAACAAAAUAUCAAUUAUAUGCAACUAUUGAUCAUACAGGUUCAAUUAAUCAUGGUCAUUUUACUGCUAAUUGUAAAAUAAAUAAUUUAUGGUAUCAUUUUGACGAUGAAACAGUAAAACCUCUUAAUAAGAUAGAUAUUGUUUCAAAAAAGUCAUAUAUAUUGUUUUAUGAAAGAAUUUAA